ACAUCACUUCCGGUCCAUCUUUCUUCAAUCAAUAUUUAACCAUGUCCUUACUUCAUUACAUUACUUACAAGCUUGUUAUAAUCAGAGAUCGAAGAAUUGGCGUAAUUUAUUACGUCAUCGCGAUUGCAGUUAUCCUCUACUCUUUAGCUGAAAUAUUUGUCAAGAAAGGGUAUUUAGAGUUUGAUACAGCACCUGACGCAACUAUAAGAUUUCUCCUAUCAGAUCCCAAGGAAGAUAACGGAGUUGAUCAUGAUAAAUCAGCUCAGGUUGCAAACUUGAGCUACUGCUGUUACAAUGAAACUGCUUCAGAGUAUUGUACACAAUGCCAGGUAAUGGACGCAAGGGAGUUAUCUUGGCCCGUGGAGUCUCGCACAAUUAGUUUGACAACAUUUUCCAAGGAUCGCUGGCAGACCAAAAACAUGUCAUCUGGCAAAUUUGGGAAAUUCGAAACCAUCAGAGAAAACCUAUACUUCACAGUUCAACCAGAGAAGAUGAUGAUAAAAAUUGAACAUGCAGUACUGGCUACAAAGUUUUUAACAGGUAAAUUAGGAGGAAAAGACCUGGCAGCAUCACAAAGAAACAUGAAAGGAUAUCUGUAUGGCCAUAAUGGAACACUUAUAAAAAGUCUUUCAUCCAACAAAGAGGAUCGGAUGAGAGGAAAGGCAGAUAAGCUUACCGUCCAAGAAAUCCUCCAAGCAGCUGGAGUUACAAGCCUGGAUGAAACCUCAGAUGCCCUCAAUUCUAAAGGGAAGCCAUUCCGAAGACAUGGAAUUGUCCUGCAUAUGGCCAUCAAUUAUCAAAAUGCCGAGUCGACUUGGCUUGGAACAGGAGAUAUAGAAUAUUCAUACCAAGUGAGAAGAAUCCCAUAUGCUGAUUACCGAGUGAAUGAAGUGAUACCAGUCAUAGAUGCCAUGGAUUUUACAAACCCAAGUCUAGAACGUCAUCAAGAAAAUCGACUCUUCAGAAAACGUUAUGGAAUCAAAAUAGAAUUCCACCAAAGUGGUGUACUGGGUCAUUUCUCUUUCUCAGCACUGUUAGGUCACCUUGCAUCUGCAGUAAGUCUUCUAACCCUGUCAGCCACCAUUGUAGAUAUUCUUAUAUUGUACAUCCUGCCCAAUAAAUCAGAAUACCGCAGCUUGGUAUACAAACGUUUUCCAUCUAUAGAACAGUACGAAGAAAAGGAAAAGAAUGAAUAACAAAUGUCCACCUGUUUUACCAUUAUUGAAGGCCUUUAUAGAGCAAUUUAAAUCAAAUUUCUUAGUAACAGAAGAAUGUUUAAAAUUAGAGAUUCUUAUAAUAUUACAAGUAACUUGCUAAUGAGAAUCAUGUUGUAAAACUUGAAAAAAUUGUUGUAGAUUUAUUUCAAAAUAAAAGAUACUAAAAUUAUUUGUUUUUAAAAUUAAUAUUGUGUACUUCAAAAGUACUUUUUUUACACUCAGACAACUUCAUUGUUUUUUUUUGUUUUCUUUUUUAACCCAUGCAUGUAAGGAACAUAUUCAGUAAACUUUGAGGAGCAAAUUCCUAAUUAACUUGCCUAGAGAAUUUUUUCUCAUCCUUUUAUUAGUAAAUUAAUUAAAAAUGAUGACACAAUAGUUGAUUAGGGUCCAGGAUUCGAAAUCUUGAGAUCCCUUAUUAAAACCCUCAACUCAGCCACACAAUUAGUUCUGCACUAAGCCUUUUGAUUAGGCUUAUGGUGUACUUUCCAUCAAAUAUGGUUCUCAACUAUUUGAAUAAAAAAAUGUUCCCAAU